CGCGGGUCGGUGGCGCUGCUUGACGCCUUCCUGGGGGCGGCGGACGGCGAGAAGGACCCGAGGUGUCUGCUGCUGGCAUUCGAGGCUGUGACGGCCCUCUGCCGGCUAUACCACUCCCCGGGUGUCGACCCCACCCCCUUGCGCCAGCUGGCAGACGAGCUCGCGGACUGGGCCGCCUCCUACUUCCCCAUCGCCUUCAACCCGCCGCCGCACCUGACCCGUGGGUCGCGCGCCAUCACACGCGCCCAGCUGGCCUCCGGUCUGGAGAGCGCGCUGGCGGCGUCGCCCUUCCUAGCUGGCGGGGUGCUGCCACUGCUUG